AUGAAAUGCCUUCUGAAUACCUUCGAUCGAUACGAAACUAUAUGGAGUUGUAUGGACAUGAUGCCAGCCAUCGUCAAAGCUCUAGAUAAUGCUCAUCAAGUUUGGAAGCUACGUGGUGUACAAUCGCGCCCAUUACUUGCACUUUUGACGAAAUUUGACCGCGAAAGGUAUCUUGAAGAAGGAUCUCGCGAAAGAAUAUCAUCUGAUGUUGCCGCCUUUACUUUGGCUCUUCAACCUAUUGGUGAACAAAUCGACAUUGUUCCUAAUGUUCUUCCUGAGAUCUUGCUUUUGGCUGGUGACCCUGACCCUAAUGCACCUUCUAUUCUUUCAAACAGCCUGUGGAUUAAGUACCGCACAUCCACAGAUUGGGCUUGGAAGGUGUGGGAUAAUACCGUUGCAAGUCUGCGACAGAUUCCUAGCAUGAUGUCGGAAUUGGAAGAUCGUCGAGCAUGCGCCCUACGUUAUGGAACAUUCCUGUGGAGGGUAGACCAGCAUUUACCUGAAGGCUUAGAUCGGGAUGUUUCGGAAUGGCUUACGGGACCGGGCAGGGCAGAAGUUAUGGCUCUUAGCGUCGAUACCUGGGACGUGUUGAAAACUGUCCUGUUGUUUUUGACUGUACAUGGGGCACUGAAAACGACAACAAUUUUAGAAGGACUAAUCUAUCCUGCCUGGCAACUUGGUGCUGCGAAGUCAUUGGGUCAAUCGUUUGUUUCGGAGACAUACCUCUCAGCUGCUAAUAGCCUCUGUUUCAAUUUAUUGUUGCAAGAGGAAGCCACUAAUGGGACGGUCCCUCCAACAGAUUUGUUUGAGCUACAAGGAAUUCGAACAAGGCGUCAGACAGUUUAUGACGAACCACAUUUUUCGCUUUUGGUUGCUAGCAUUCCGACGUUGAUUUCUCUGGAAAAUAACCCUGAUAUUCCCGAGACUCUCAGACAAGAGACAACUACCCUUCGAUGUCGCUUAUGCCAAGAGUCUGGUUUUCGAAGAGGGGCAUAUCGGAAUUUAGAAAUCAUUAGAGACGCUUUUGAAAACUCGCCUUUUUUGUUGGAUGAAGAUCCUGAUUCAGAGCAUCUGAGGAAGAGCGCAAUAGCUGGGUUAAAUAUGAUACUUUGCGACUCAACUGAUGAGACAAAUAUCUAUGACUGGCCCGAACUGGGUAACCUUUUGACCCCAUGGAAAAUAGCGGCAACUACAAUUCAGAUGCAAUUGCAGGUCAAACAACUGGGCAGGGCACUUAAUCACGAAUCUACAUCCGAGUUCGCGAUUUCCAAUUUGAAUAAGAUUGCUUCUAUGCUAUUUCAUCACACAAAAACUGCGGAAGAAGCGUACUAUGUUGGCGAAAUGGCUCGUGGUGCCGAUAGCACUGUUGCUGCUAAAUUCAUCAAUAACGGGUUUCAGUGUAUUGUUGAACUGUUGGUCCACUCGCAAUCCGACCGAACCUUGCCCGGACAAGAUAGUUUGAGACGUGCAGGGGAUUUACUGGGCAUCCUUAUUCACGUCUCUCAGCCUUUUCGAGAUGGCCCGACCUUGCCAUCAGUUGAUCCGCCAAUUCACGAAGCAUUUAUUGCAGCUCUCGAGAUCAGUUUCAAAAGUCUGGAGAAAGAGCUCUUCAAUGGCCAUGUCAAGUCUCAAGCAAAGGAAAAUCUCCUCCUUCUCAUUCGGCUUCUGCAAUUUGUUCUUAGUUAUAAGAAUACAUGGACGCCGAAGAAUAAAGUUGCACGAUUAAUGAGUUGGCAGCAUUACUCCGUCGGAGAUGACUUCGAUGACAACAUAUAUCCUAUACUAAUCGAUACCCUUCUCGUUCUUCUAGAUGAAUUGCAAUGUGAUUCCAAAUCAAUUGCGUUUGACCCGUUCAAACACUAUCCAAACACUUCUAUCGACAAUCUACCUACUGAUAUGCCCCCAGAACACCGGAUUCAGUUUACAACACUACUCGCACAUAAUCAGCCUCAUUCAUUGGUGAUGCAUCUCGUCCAUGCACAACGUGAUGCGCAAGGUAACGUUGUAUACGGAAUUCCUGUGGUGAAUAAACCAUGGGAAUGGAUCGAAAAUUUGGGCGAACCUAUCAUCACAGAUCCAAAGGAAGAAGAGAGGGAAAGAGAAGAGAAACGGCGCUUGAAAGUCAAGUACUUGAUCAAAAAUUCUGGAUCCGUUUCUUUGGAGCAUUUUGGAGCAAGGUUUACUGGCGAAGGCAUGACGCACGUGGCUCCCAGUGACGAGAGAGCCUCGCAGGAAAAUUGUGCAAGAUCCUUCGAAGACGGUAUGACGCAGAAUAUCUUCAUCCGGGAUUGGCGAGAAACGCGUUUGGAAUCGGAGCACUCUCGGGAUCCAGUGGCUCGUUUGAAGGCCGACUUCGAUUCUGAGCCCGUUUUUUCAAUCGAUCCUCAGACCCUUCAGGCCUCAAGAACUUCACCGACGCCUUCCGUUAUAUCCCGAUCUUCGACGCAAGCCACCUCAUCAUCGUUGCACCAGAGCCCCACAUCGCGCAGUAGGAACUCAAAUUCGGCCACAGUACAUGAAAUCAUCGAUGUCGAUAACUUCUCGAACACCGGAACUUCAACAUUUAAGGCGAAUGACACCCACAAGCGCAAGGCAUCUGUGGCCGCCAUUAGUGACGAUGAAGUUGAGAUUAUUGAAGGCCCAGGGUUGUCUCGUUCAGCAAACGCGAAGAAGCAGAAGGCGGGAAAAGGCCCCGUAGCUGGUAAAACUAAACCAAGAAAGAAAUGA